CGGCGUCCUUGUGAGCUACGUGGGCAGAGCUGGCGGGCGCUCGUUGGUGCGGUGGCCGUUCCCUUUUGAAUCAUGUUCCGCGCUGUCUCGAGGUCGGUGUCGUUAUGGCGGGCGCUGCGCUGGGUGUCAGCGGCUCAGAGAGAGAGCCGGGCCUCUCGGGUUCCAAUUUUUGUGACUCAUCAUGCAACUUACCGGAUACUCACUGCACCUCCUAUGCACACCAUCUCCUAUGAGGAAUUGAAAGAAUUGCUUGAAUCCCAUGUUCUUCUUAUCGAUGUUAGGGAAAAAUCAGAGAUUGAGGAGGAUGGACAGAUUUGUGGUUCUGUAAAUAUACCCUUAAGAGAUUUGGAGAAUUCUUUGAAGAUGGAUCCUGACACCUUUCUUGAAAAAUACAAAGUGAAAAUGCCAUCCACUAAAGACAAAAUAGUAUUUUCCUGCUUGGGAGGAGUUCGGAGCAAAGCAGCUUUAGAUACUGCUUUGUUGGCAGGCUACAGUAAAGCACUACAUUUCCCUGGAGGUUGGGAAGAAUGGGUGAAAGAAGAAUCUGAGAAGAAAAGCUGAUUUGUUUUAUGCUAAAUGUUUAAUGAAAGAAGGAAUAAUUUGAGCUCUAAAUAUUGAAGUACUUUUCACAGUACCACUAGGAAAUAACUCUCUACUCAUGAAUACAGAUUUGCACUGUUACUCUGUUAAUACUCAAAAGUUUCAUAUUAAUUGUAGUAAAAACUACAAUCAGAUAUCAGAAUUGUUUUUAUCUUGUGAAAGGUUAAGAGCGAGAACCUUUUUUUUAGAAAUAGUAAUUUUUGAAAAAUCAUUUCAGAAAAUGUUCAAUGUUCUGUGCAUUUGAGUAUUUUAGUUCUUAUGAAGUAUCAAGAUUAGCUUUAACAAGCUAUAACUUGAGACUUGCAUUUGUAGCAAACACUAGAAUGGAAAUUUGUUCAUUUUGUACUGCUUGGAGUUAGCAUAUAAAUGCAAAGGAAAAGGGAACUUGCUAUUUAAGGUUACUGACAAAUUGUAAUAGAACCACUAGCAAAGUUUUUAUACUAGGCACACUUGUACAGAAAGGUACCUCUACCAUCUCUAUAAUUGGAUAUUUUGCACUAGAGUAAUGCAGAUAUUCAGCAGAAGCUAAUUCUAAUGCAAACUGACCAAACCAAUGAUUCAUAAUUUUAUAAAAUGUCCGUUCAUUGCUCUUUUUAAAAAAAAUGUGCUUCCUGAACAUGAUUUUGAUAAGAUUUCUGCAAAUAAAACUAUUUAAUUUGAAAGUGA